ACCUUUAAGUUGGCUCGCCAACCGCCAUUAAAUCCUAAAAGAAGACGAAGAAGAAGCGUCAUAUCCGCGCGACAGCAAACGCGAUGGCAGAAUCAGGAACCGAGAAAGUAAUCAAGCUUGUUCCUGAGAAUCUUCUCAAGAAACGCAAGGCGUACCAGGCUAUCAAAGCUACUCAAGCCAAACUUGCGUUACAGCAGAAGAGAAAAGUCCAAAAAGGAAUUCCCUUGAAGUUUAAGCGCUUGGAGGAGUUUUUGAAAAACAGCAAGAGGAGGAAUCGAGAUGAGACACGACUCGCCAGACUCAAACAGAGACCUCUGCCGCCCAUGCCCCCAGCAAAGAACAGCCUGGUGUUUGCUGUCCGCAUCAGAGAGAUCAAAGGCGUGAGCCCCAAAGUGAUGAAGGCCGUUCAGAUGCUGAGGCUGAGGAAGAUCUUUAGUGGCACCUUUGUGAAAGUCAGCAAGGCUUCUAUAAAAAUGCUUAAGACAGUGGAACCUUAUGUUGCGUGGGGAUAUCCCAAUUUGAAAUCAGUCCGUGAGCUCAUAUUAAAAAGAGGUCUGGCGAGGAUUGACAAGAGAAGGAUUCCUCUGACCGACAAUACACUCAUAGAGCAGCAUCUCGGACAAUAUGGGAUCAUCUGUUUGGAGGACCUUAUUCACGAGAUCUAUUCUACUGGAAAGAACUUCAAGGUGGUAAACAACUUUCUGUGUCCGUUCCGUUUGUCAGUACCAAGACAUGCUGCUAAAGACAAAGUUGGACUGCUGAAAGAUGUUGGUGAUCCUGGACCCAGAGCCGAAGACAUAAACACAAUCAUCAGGAAACUCAACUGAGCUAACAGACUUUCAUGGACUGCUGUUUAGUCAUCAUAUUUCCUUGACUGUAAAUCAUUAUAAUUUUUAUUAAACAAUGGAAAAUUUCA